UUUGCUGUGAAACUACUCUGAAUAUUUCGCGGGAACUUGCGAAAGCGUCGAUAGGCACUGUUGCUGCGGAGAUAACGUUACACGUAAAACGAUAAAAGUACGGUUAUAAUGGACCCUUCUGAGGUCGAAUUCCUUGCCGAGAAGGAGGUAGUGAAGAUUAUCCCCAAUUUCAGUCUUGACAAAAUCUACUUGAUCGGGGGUGAUCUUGGUCCUUUUAACCCAGGGCUACCUGUCGACGUGCCUGUGUGGCUGGCCCUUAAUCUGAAACAGAGGCAGAAAUGCAGGAUAGUGCCACCAGAGUGGAUGGAUGUAGAGAAACUGGAGGAGAUCAGAGAGCUAGAGAGGAAGGAAGACACAUUCACCCCUGUCCCCAGUCCAUACUACAUGGAGCUGACCAAGCUGCUACUCAACCAUGCAUCUGAUAACAUUCCCAAAGCGGAUGAGAUCCGUACACUGGUGAAGGACAUCUGGGACACGCGCAUCGCCAAGCUCCGCCUCUCCGCUGACAGCUUCAUCAGUCAGCAGGAAGCACACGCCAAGCUGGACAACCUAACUCUGAUGGAGAUUAACACGACACGGUCGUUCCUGCUGGACACUCUCAACUGCAUGUAUAAGCUGCGCUCCAACUUGCAGCCCGGCUCCAGUGGGGGCAAAGCCCAGGACCACCAAUGAUCUGUAUUUACGGACGAGACCUGCGCCGCAGCCUCUCCUUCUCCUAAGCAAGAUGGAGCAGACUUAGGCCCAGCUUUACUAAGCAUUUGCACCAGCUGCAAAGUAAAAUCAAAUCUGUAAUACGGAGAACGUGGACGGAAUCAUGGAAUCCAGACAUUAAAUCAGAAUUCAACAAAAUUCUAAAAUGCAUUGAACUUAGUAGGAAAUCUUAUUGAACAUUAAUUAGCCCAAGUUUAUCAUAAGGCAUGAACAGAAUGCAUCAGUGAUUUGUAUUUCCUGCUAAUUUCUGAAGAGUACAUUUCUGAUGUGGUUUAUUCAUUCUUGUGGACUUUUCUAUUAAAAAAAGUGUUGUUUUUUUGCAUGAAAACCUGGAAAACUAAAUGGAAAUUUAGAAAAAAUCUAAUUGACUAAAACAAAUUUAUAGUGCCCUAAGUCUGGUCCUAGUGAAGACAGAGCUGACCAGCAGAUCUUAUGAAGUGGGAGCACUUAUCUGAAGUUGUCAUGCCCCAACUAUCUGAUUCCAACUGGAUUUGUUUCUAGUUGAAGCUUCGGCAGUCCUCUUCAGCAGGUCAUGGACUCCCUGGAGGAAACACUCUGCUUUGGUCUGGCUGAUCCAUGUAUGGUUGGACUUUUCCCCCCAAAAUCUGGGUUGAUGCCUUUUAAAAUAUUAGUAUAAAUGUCAUGCUUAAUAGAGGUAUCAGUGAUGGUUCAGCGAUAGAUACCUUGUGUAACAGGGUUCUAGCCUUGUAUGAUUCUGAAUAGACCGGUAAGUCUAGUUUGAGGAAGAAGAACAGCAUGUUAUGGAUGGAGGGCUGCAGGCCUACAUUGGGAAAUCAAAGAAGCAACAUGCGAAACAUGUUAUAACAUGUAAUGUUUCAGUAUGUGUAAUUAAAAUAUCUAUAUAUUUUU